ACUGCUACCGCCCCUCAUGCCAUUUGCCGCAGUGGGAUCAAGCUUGCAGCUCACUGCAGAUGAAACAAAAGCACUGAAGUCUCUGCCAGCGGCAACACAAAUCACUGCAAAAAAAGCUCUACAGGGAUCUAUCACAGAUCUCGCAAGGCUGGUUGAAUUUAUGACUCUUUCGAUCUCCAGAUCUUCCCCUUCCCGUUUUUGUUGCCUGGUGCCCAUCUUUCACGCGACGCUUAAUUCAGUUCAAGUACCAAAAUACAUCAAUCCCAAGACUAUUCCUGCCAUCAUACGCGCGAAGUGGGCUCUCUUGGGAUUGGUGACUAUCAGCACGCUUGCCACCUCUUUACCUUCUUAUGGCAGCGACGACGCCGUGACAAAGUAUAUUGUGAGGAGGUGGGACGAAACAUACCCGUGGAUGUGGUUCUUCGCUCAAAAUUGCCUCCCUCCUCCUUAUGAUGUCUCGGUUACUCCUCCACGCCCCGAUCUUUGCAGUGUGUCCGAUGCUGUAAAAUUGACCAUCAGUCCGCUCUCAUUGAUCUGCACCAAAUCGGAAGAAGGGCGUCACUUACUCCGUUCUUCCGUUUCUGUUCAGCAGUUCGCCGCGCGGUUGUGGAUAUUAGUAGGGAACCUUAAAGGAGAAGUACUCCAAGGCGACUCUGGAACUACCACAGAUGGCCUCGUUUCUAAGCUCCGGGCGUCUUUUGCGCUAACAAACUAUGUGUGCGUAUCUGAAUCUGAACAUCCAGACAAAAUCACCCUUCCUUUAUCGAACUUCAUACAUGCUGCCGGAGGGGUGAAGCCCGUUGUCUUCACCCUUCUCAGAUACAUCCGUCGGAUUACCAGAGAUGUUGCUGCCGUAGAAGAACCUCGAUCGUGGACGGUUUCCGAUCCGAGCGUCAAGCAACUUCAUCUCUACACUGUUGGUCUCAAUUAUUCAUUCCAGUUUCUCCAGACUAUCAGUAGCCAAGACCCUUCAUGCCGCGAACAGCUUAUCCGCCAAGGUUCAAUUCGUACAGUGGUAGAUGCGAUCACUCAGAUCUUGCCGAGGAUCUUGGUGCAAGCAAAUGAGGAAUUGGAUCUUCAUCCACAGCUGGGACUCGCAGGUAGACAGAAAGUUCUGUGGUCGGGGUACUCGUACAUCGCAUCCGCUAUUCGUGAUGCAGAUGACGGAGUAACAUGUGUAUGCCAGGCAAUCGAUGCUGGCCUUAUCCAAACGUUGGAGAAGGGUGUUAUUUGCCCGCCUCACGCCCACCGUCGUGAUCGCCCCGUCCGUGGCCGCAUGGGUGACAUAGAGUUACUCUUCCUUCUCGCCACAUUUUUUAUAUACCACAGGGUCGUUGCAUCUAUUUUUCGACACUGGUUUCGCAUGCACAAUGUUCCUACGGAAAAACGAGAGAUACGCGACGAAGGGUUGGGGGCUGCUCUCGAAAUCGUCCUGACAUCUACUAUCAAUGCUAUGGACUAUCGCAGUGUAGAACCUAUAAACUUCUUUGAAUACAGGUGCAGCGGUCCAGGAUGUCCGAUGUGCACACCCAAGUUUGUCAGCAAAAAGCGUCGGUGCUCAGGCUGCUUGGUAUCAAUCUAUUGCUCGGAGAAAUGCCAAAGGACUGCUUGGCGCAAUGGACACAGGAAGUGGUGUCAAGUUCUGAGGUGCACCGUUGGGCCGUGGGGCUCCCCCGACAUCCGUAACAGUCUCCAAGUCAUUGCAGGCUUCGAAACUACUCAGAUCUCUGGAAUGGCCAAAGACGUGGAAACGCGCGUUCGUGAAGCACAGCAGAAGUUCCCUGCAUUCAGCGAUAAACUCGUGCUCAUGGUGGAUCUGACUGUGUAUUCGCCAGAGAUGCGCGUGCUCCCUGUGCACAUGCUUGAGCAGUUUCCUGGGAGGGAUCCCAUAUGGCCAGAGAUUGCUGACGAGAUUCGCGCACGAAGCGACUCGCCACCGAAAGGAUAUAUGUUUUCGGUGGUCAAGGUCCACCUGGGGAAAUCGAAGUUUACGUUGUUCAGCCCGAGCACGGCGUUGCGUAUGGCAUUUGAAGGCCAGUAUUUUUCGGAUGAUGAAGCGUAUGAUCCUGUAGAUGAAGAUGAAAUUGAUGAUUCGAAAUCGCUAGGCGACCAGGACUUGGAUUGUGAUUCAGACCCAUUGGAUAAUAAGUGCUAG